AUGGCCUCAACACACACUUCCGGCGAUCAAUAUCGCAACUACCAAGACGACCGAGCCGCAAAGGCUCAAGAUACCACCUACACGACAUCCAAUGGUGCACCCAUGCCACACCCAUAUGAAGCCCAACGCAUGGGCGAGAACGGUCCUUUGCUCCUGCAAGACUUCCACCUGAUCGACCUCAUCUCCCACUUCGACCGCGAGAGAAUCCCCGAGCGAGUUGUGCACGCUAAAGGUAGCGGAGCUCACGGUGUCUAUAAGACUACCGACUCAUUGGAGGAUCUCUGUCUCGCCGACAUGUUCAAGCCCGGCAAAGAGUGCCCCAUCACCGUCCGCUUCUCCACCGUCGGCGGCGAGUCCGGCUCUCACGACUGCGCUCGCGACCCCCGCGGCUUCUCCGUCAAGUUCAAGACGGAUGAAGGCAAUUGGGAUAUCGUUGCAAACAAUACACCGAUUUUUUUUCUACGCGAUGCUGCAAAGUUUCCACACUUCAUCCACACGCAGAAAAGAGAUCCCGCAACGCAUCUCACGCAUGCUGACGACUCGACCAUGUUUUGGGAUUACUUGUCUCAAAACCCGGAGUCGGUACAUCAGGUUAUGAUUCUGAUGGGCGAUCGAGGUAUUCCGGAUGGAUACAGAUUCAUGCACGGAUAUUUCGGCCACACAAUGAAGCUUGUGAACAAGCAGGGCGAGUGGGUCUAUUGCCAGUUCCAUAUGAAGUCGCAGCAAGGUACCAAGUUCAUCACCCAGGAAGACUCUGCGUCCAAGUCUCCGGAUUAUUCCCAAAAGGAUCUGUACGAGGCCAUCGAGCGCGGCGAAUUCCCCAAGUGGACUCUCGAGGUACAGACCAUGACAGCCAAACAAGCCGAGGAGCUCUGGGAGACGGAGAAGAUUAACGUCUUCGACCUCACCCAUGUCUGGCCACACUCGCAGUUCCCGCUCCGCAAGGUUGGAGAGUUCACGCUGAACGAGAAUGUGAGAAACUACUUUGCCGAGAUCGAGCAGGUAUGCUUUAACCCGGCGCACCUUGUACCGGGUAUCGAACCGUCUGCCGACCCGGUCUUGCAGUCGCGUCUCUUCUCCUACCCGGACGCUCACCGCCACCGCGUGGGCGUCAACUACCAGCAGCUCCCCGUCAACGCACCGCGGGUGAACUACCGCAUGGGGAACUUCCAGCGCGACGGUGCCAUGGCUUUCAUGAACCAGGGCGGUCGGCCGAACUACAUCUCGUCGAUCGAGCCCAUCAGGUUCCGCGAGCGCUCGGUGAAGAUCGACGAGGUGCACGCCCACUUUGCCGGCAGUGCCGUGUCCUUCCUAUCCGAGAUCCGGCCCGAGGACUUCAACGCCCCCCGCAAACUGUGGGAGAAGGUCUUCGACGCCAAGGCGAAAGAGCGCUUCAUCUCGAACAUUUCCGGACACAUGGCGAACUGCAAGGACAAGGAGAUCAUCAAGCGCCAGAUUGGCAUCUUCCGCGAGGUGAGCGAGGAUCUGGCUACCAGGCUUGAGAAAGCUACGGGUGUGAAGGGGUACCCUGGGAUUAAGGAUUUGAGGUUCAAUGGUACGCACAAUGGGAUGGCGGAGGAUAAGGCGAAGAGAGUGGCGAAUGGGAUGGGAUCGUCUGCCAAGAUUUCUGAAAGUAAUGGAGCGCCGGUCAAGGGGACGCAUUCCGGGCCGGCGAGGCGGGUUGGGGAGAGUGGUGUUACGCUCAAUGGUGUGCAUUAG